CCCCUUCCUCACCCCCCAACCACUUAGUCCUUCCCCAUUCUCACCCCCUCCUUGCAGCCCCCCUCCGGCGGCAGAAUGGACGAUCUCAGCACCAUCAGCCUGCUCUCCCUGGCCAUGCUGAUCGGCUGUUACGUGGCAGGUACCAUCCCUUUGGCGUUCAACUUUUCCGAGGAAAGGUUGAAGUUGGUGACGGUUCUUGGUGCUGGACUUCUGUGUGGCACUGCUCUAGCAGUCAUCGUUCCUGAAGGGGUUCACGCACUCUAUGAGGAUGCUCUGCAUGAUAAACACCCCCAUGGAGAUGAAGCAGAAAAGGUGGAGGAUCCAUUAAAGACAGGACAAUCUACAGAGACUGAGCAUGAUCACAUGCACAUUGCUUUACAUGCCUAUAUUGGUGUUUCACUGGUCCUUGGAUUUGUUUUUAUGCUCCUGGUCGACCAAAUAGGCAGUUCUCAUAUGCAUUCCAGUGAUGACCCUGAAGCUGCAAGAACAGCAAAUACCAAGAUCACCACCACGCUUGGACUGGUGGUUCAUGCAGCAGCGGAUGGCAUUGCCUUGGGUGCAGCAGCUUCCACAUCACAAACAAGUGUACAGUUGAUUGUAUUUGUAGCCAUUAUGCUGCACAAAGCUCCAGCCGCUUUUGGUUUGGUUUCUUUCCUCAUGCAUGCAGGGCUUGAGAGGAAUCGAAUCAGGAAACACCUACUGGUGUUUGCUUUGGCAGCACCACUACUCUCCAUGGUCACUUACCUGGGCCUGAGUAAGAGCAGUAAAGAAGCACUUUCAGAAGUGAAUGCCACUGGAAUCGCCAUGCUGUUUUCAGCAGGAACUUUCCUAUACGUAGCCACUGUGCAUGUGCUCCCAGAAGUGGGAGGCACUGGUCACAGUCACAAAGCCGAGUCCGGUGGGAAGGGACUCAGUCGACUCGAGGUGUGCACCCUCGUCCUGGGCUGCUUGAUUCCAUUGGUCCUUUCGGUGGGUCACCAGCAUUAACCAGCAGUGGAGCAAAGAGGAGUGUGGAUAAUAAGGGUCUGCAGCGGUCCCAUAUCAGCAGAGCGGAAUUGCUGCAUGUGUUAGGGUUUCCCCCCUUCAGUUUUACCCUGUGAAAUUCCAAAUGAAAUGGGAUUGAAAAUAUAAAUACUAAAUUAAAUUUGGCCAAUAGGAAGUUGAAACGAAUUCUUACAGUGUAGUCAUUUUGAAAAUGUAACCAAGUUUUGUCUUUGUGUUGACAACCAAAACCAGACAUCUCUUGGUCCAGCCAAAUGAGAGAAUGUAACUUUAACCAAACAGUGUCCUGGUAAAAAGGACGGAAUUCAGCUACUUAAUUAAGAACUUGGGGUACGUUAGAGAUAAUCCAUGGCAUUAAUCAAGCCAAGGGAAUUAACACUGGGUUUGUUACACAAUAUGUGAAAUAUAAUUUUUAAUGAAUUUUAUUCAUAAGUGUACAGUCUUCACAUUCAGCUGCAGUCUUAAAGAGUUGGUUAGCCUGAGAGUUUGGUGCCUGCUAGUUCAGUGUCUGUGUGUUCAAUUGAUUGGAUUUUGACUCCUAUAUUUGGGGAGAGAUGCUUUUGUUAAAAGUGCUUUGUUAAUGUACAUGGGAAAAGGAAAUGAAAAGAAGCAGCCUGGAUCUUCGAUGUAAAUGGUUAAACAAAUCACACCAGGAUUGGGAGAAGAGUAAUGGCGGUGGGGGCGGGGGUUAUACUGUGUGGUGGAUCAAGGAUGGGAGGUGACACUGGAGGGGAGAGAAGUAGGUGAC